AUGGCCUCCUUGUCAUCCUCGUUGCUUGCACCAUCGGUAUCACCGUCGAGCACUGACAAAAGCCCAUCUAAUACUAUUACCGCGCUCAAGUCCCUGCUCACUAAUACCCUCCGUAUCACGACCACCGAUAAUCGAGUUUUCAUUGGCACAUUCAUGGGCACCGACCAGCUUCUGAAUAUCAUCCUCGUCAAUACCGAGGAGUACAUUCUGGGAAACGAGGCCAGUCGCUUCGUCGGCCAGAUCAUGCUCCCCUGGCGCCUUGUCCUUCAUGUCGAAGCGUUUGACCAACAUAAUCCUUCAAAGGGAAAAGCAAAGGAUAACAGGAGCUUGUACAUCUAA